GAAUACCGUGGUGUGGUAAUUUUUCCUAUUUAAUUGGGCAAAGCACAAGUGCUUAUCCAACUAUUUAGCAAAUCGUGUCUACAAGAUAUCGCCCCGGCCAUGCCAUUUUAAUUGCACGAGCAUAAUACAUGCAUUCUCGCAGCGCACUCUACCGGCACCGUAUGCGAGUACCGUGCAUGCAUGCGAGACUAGCCGGGGAGACUAGACUACCAUCUGCAUCUAGAUCAAGAGUAAACAACCAGGAACAAGAAAAGUCAUCUAUGGACCAGCUUCUUAUCGGUUGGGGCCUAAGAGGGAUGCAAGAUAUCUUCAAAGAAAAUGGGAUAGACCUUGAAGCAGCUGCCCUCCUGUCAGAUGAAAUGAUUGAAGUGCUGAUCCCAAAGCUUGGGGCAAGAUUAAAAUUCAAGAAUCACUGGAGUCAAUAUGAAACCACUCACAUGCCAUCAUACCUGCAACAGAUUGACCCAACUACCCGUCCCCAACCCUUCAUCAUUGAACUGUUCUCGUUAUCCAAGCUCAGGCCUCUGCAGACUUUCACGGUGAUUGACAAGGAGUGCAUCCCUCACAAGUCACUUAUAGAUGCAGUAGAUGUGUGCUACAAAGCACACUUCAUCAUAGACUGUGCUUAUCAAAGCAACGUAGAAGGAACCUGGCUCUUCUUCCAAAAGAUGAUCUAUGAACAAGAUGACAAGCGUAUCAGAGACACCCCUGCCUUGAGUAGUUUCCGUGCUUAUCUCUUCUCAAAGAAAACAUGAAUAUGAGUCAGUUUUGUACAGAAGAUGUGUGGUGUAACAUACCAGACUUGUCCUGUCCAAUGAUGCACUUGUAAUGAUGUAUAAAGUAAACAGUAACCUUAUAUUCACUGCAUGUUUCUAUUAUGCAGAUGAAUUCUUUAAUUAAUUAGAGGUUAAGUUUUCCUUUCAGUUUGAAACCUUGUUGGGAAAUUUGAUAAACUGAAACAGAUUUAUGUCAAUUACUCAGUGGAUAUUAUCAAAAACUUGCCUUUUUCCUCCACCCAUUACAAUUACUGUAUUAAAAGCUUUAAAAACUUCUAAGAGACACAUACUGAACUAGUUCUAAAUAGUCCAACUUCAGCUUCUUCUUUCAUUAUAGAACCUUGUGGCAAGAAAACCAGAUUUAGUUCUGUCAAAAUUUUACAUUUCAAUCUGAAAAGAUAGAGAAACUGUGACAUGGUAAAAAGAAGGCUAGUGUUAAGACAGCCAUCUCUUUUGGCUCUCCUGAACAUUUAACAUUUUUGAGAUACAAGGUUUUAUCAGCCCACCGACAGUAUGUGCACUUCAAAGACUUUAUAUCCAGAAGUCCUGAUUUGUAAGUGCGCUAUUUUGCUAGGUUUAAAAGUCAUUGAUAUUCAAAUACAAAAUACAAUCUUCCUUUUUAAACUGAAAUUGAGAGGAAAGGUUUGUGUAAUAUAUGUGUCAGAGGUCAGAGGGCACCAUAAUCGAGCAAAAUUGUAACUCAUUGCAUUAAAAGAAAAGAAUAACUGAGAUUUUCAUGUCUCAUUUAAAUGUUUUACAACCUACAACUUCUAGUGUUCACAAACAUGUAUAUGUCAUUAUAAUAGUAUAUUCUUCAUUCAUGCAAAAUAUCAGAAACGUUGGAACUGGUUGCCAAUGAGAUCUACUAAACUUGAAACAAUUGUUUGGAAUUAAUUUGGUUCUAUAACUCUGUUCAAUUCUUCUGUUAUAACAACUUCUUUAUAUAGGGUUAAUAUUUCGGCCCCCAAAAUCUGCCUGUACUCUAGUGGGACUUAUUAACAGAACGAUUAAUUAAAGAUAGUUAUAUGAGACCAAGUUAAGUCCAGAAAUUGUACACAUCUCUGCUUCACUCUUACAAAAGUAUUAUCUUGCACUCUGGUGGUAACUUCAAUUAAAGAUGAACAGUAGCAACAGUUUUUUUUUUUUUUUUUUUUUUUUAACAGGUACUAAAUAUGAGACGUAUGCCAUGAAAAUGAGUGAUAGAUUUUAUGCAACUUAUUUCAGGAGACAGUGUUAUAUUUGCUUUAAAUGGUAGAAAGAAGUGAAAUGUUGAACGUUAUAUGUAUUCUUAAAAGUUGCGUAACUUGUGCAAGCUCAUUGUAUGUAAAAGGCACAUAAGUCAAAAUGAUUGUUGCAUUGUUAUUGUUCGUUUGUUGUUUCAUUUGCAUUGCUGUAUACCAUAUCAGACAUGAGUGUGUAUUAGCUUGAUAAUGCUACUAUGGGCUGGACCACUUUUUCCAUUGCCAAGGCUUGCAUUGGUUCCCUAUUCUCUGUUAUGGACCACAUUUUUUUCAAAUAGUUGAGUUAUAAUGCAAACUUAAAGUUUCUUUUAUUUAUGAGGUGUGUCAGAAAAGUUCCAGAACUGAUGUCACAAAAUUAAUAUUUCAUAAUGUGUGAAAUGCAAAUUUCAUAUUAUGAGUUAUCCCCUCCAAAGCAUAUAGGUACAUUCCUCUAUCUUUUUUUCCACAAAAUUUGAAUCAUGUUUCCUGAUGAGAGAUACAGUUUGUAAUUUAGUCACAUUCAUUUUGGCAAAGAAGCAUAUUUUUUUUUAAGAAACAAAAAUCACAAAUUUAUAUAGUGAGUUUGAUUUUGCUAUAUAAUGAUCAUGCAUGAGACCAAUGCUAAACAGCAUAUUUUUAUUAUGUUGUAUUUACUAUUUUAUGAAAAUCAUUGUCAAAGUAUUCCUUUUCAUGAGAAGUGUUGCAAACUAUUUGUUUACAUACUGAGGUUUAAUAAAGACUUCAAAGUAUUCCUAAGAAA